UCUAAGCUGAUCCUAAGUGACAACCCAUCAACACACACAGACGCAGCCCUAAAAUGGCAUUGAAGGCAGAGGCACGCCGCCUGCAGCCACAGCUCCAGAAGGAAGCAUGGCAGGUUGAAGCCGCCAGCCCCCUGGUGAGAAAGGCCCUGGGCCUGCCACCCCCAGGGCUGAGGUUAGAGGCUCCUGUUCAUUUCCUGGACUUUCCUGGCCUCCUUGACCCUGUCUUUCUGCUCUUCCCAAGCUCUCCCCCCAGGUCCCCCUCCCAGUGCUGCCUGCCCACUCUGGUCGGGCCUCCUGUGCCCUCCUCAGGGUUAGCCGUGGAUUCUCGCCGCCUGACUGCCACCAACAGCCUGCUUGACAAGUGUGGCAGAGCCCCCAGCACGUCUGUGCACAGCCGUCCGGCCCCUCACCCCGGGGGCCAUGGUCUGAAAGGGCUUUUCUUCAGCACCUUUAAAGCAUGGGCCCCUUUCUUCUGCUGCCCAAGGCGGCAGAUGAAGACCAGGUGGGGUUUUCCAUCUGGGAGCAACCUCAACUGUCCGGUGGGAUUCAGGGCAGCAUCCGUGGCAGACGCUUCAUGCAUAGCAGCCACAUGCCGGCGCCUUCCUGCGGAUCCAGCCUCCACUCAAGCUCCCCCUCCAAUUCGUCUAAAAUCACACUCACCAUUGCCCUCUUACCGGCCUUCAUUCUCCUUGGUGCACCUCUCACUACCUGAUGUCAUACCAUUUAUGUUUGUUUACCUCUUUAUUGCCCGUAUCCAGCUGGAAAGCAAAGCUAUGACAGCAGAACCUUUUCACAUCUUAUUCCAUCCCUCUCACUUUUUCAUGGACUCGUUAAAGCCCCGUGCGCAGCACGAGCUGGGCCGAGGGAGGUGCGGUGCCUGAGCAGAAACAUGGCCGACAGCAAGGCCAAGCCCACCAAGGCUGCCAACAAGACACCCCCCAAAUCCCCAGCGGACUCUGCCAAGGACAAAGCAGCUAAGAGGCUGUCACUGGAGUCAGAAGGUGCCAACGAGGGGGCGGCCGCCUCGGCCCAGGAGCUCAGUGCCCUGGAGGAGGCCUUCCGGCGGUUCGCGGUGCAUGGGGACACCAGAGCCACCGGGAAGGAGAUGCAUGGCAAGAACUGGUCGAAACUGUGCAAGGACUGCCAGGUGAUCGACGGGAAGAACGUGACUGUCACCGACGUGGACAUCGUAUUCAGCAAAAUCAAGGGCAAGUCCUGUCGGACCAUCACGUUCGAGCAGUUCAAGGAGGCGCUGGAGGAGCUCUCCAAGAAGAGAUUCAAGGACAAGAGCAGUGAGGAGGCCGUGAGAGAGGUGCACAGGCUCAUCGAGGGCAAGGCCCCCAUCAUCUCAGGAGUGACGAAAGCCAUCUCCUCGCCCACCGUGUCACGGCUCACAGACACCACCAAGUUCACAGGCUCCCACAAGGAGCGCUUCGACCCAUCAGGCAGGGGCAAGGGCAAGGCCGGCCGCGUGGACCUGGUGGACGAGUCGGGCUACGUGCCAGGCUACAAGCACGCGGGCACCUACGACCAGAAGGUGCAGGGGGGCAAGUAGCCAGUUUCCCGGGGACAGGGCCUUCCUCCUUUGCUGGCCCCACAUCACCUCACACUUCUUUACAUUCCUGGGCUCACUGGGGCAGAACUCAGACGCUGGGGUGGAGGGGCUGUGGGUGACUCCCAGACCUCCUCCUGCCUGGAGCCCCGGCACACUCCUCUCCUACCCCAGGUGCAGCCCCUGAACUCACUGACCUUCCUCUAAUGCACCUGCCUCAUCCCACGUCGGGAAGCCAAGGGAUGGUCAUUUCCAAAGUGUUUCCUGGAUCCAGACCACACGGGCCACCUGGUUUGCAGGUGAAAGGGGUGUUUUGAAGGAGCAGGUGGGACAGACAGACCCUGCCAGAGGUGAUGCUGACCUCCUGACCAGCAGAUCUGCCCAGGAACCAUGAGGGCAACAUGCACUAAUGCACUAACCAGCAGCACCAGGGAGAUGACGUGAACCUCGAACAGGACACAGGGACGUCUCUGAGGGCUCCGUUCAGAUGUGCGACACACAGGUGCAUGCUUACACACGCACACACUCACGCACUCAUGGACACAUGCUUACACAUGCUCGUGGCCCCCCCCCACUUCCACUCACACACACAUGCUUACACACACACGCCCACCAACCAGGUCUGUGCCGAGGACGGUCAUGUGAGCGAAGGCUGGUGUGCGAAGGAAGGUGAGCCCGUGAAAGGAUGCUCCACAGGAGACCAAAGGAAAGUGAUCUGAAGUGUGAAGUUAGACAUUUUUAAAUUGGACACUAAGGACAGGUCAUUUCAUUUUGCUUUUUAAAGAAAAAAAGAAAUCAGAAGAAACAGUGACUGUGUAUUUAUUCCCAGAGCGGAUCAGGGAAGAAUCAGAAUAUCCCGUGUCUGUGACUCUCUCUCCCUGUUGGCCCUGUUGGCCCUGAGGCUCCCCCACAGACAGGUGUGUGAUGGGGCAUCUUCUGCCCAUCCCUGUUCUGAAAUCAGGGCCUCGAGGCAGCAGUCGCCAUGGCUACUCCCUUUGCUCACAGUGCAGCACAAAUCUCUGCGGCUCCAGCCUCUGCAGUUAAUUCUUGCCUCUCUGAACUCUCCCGACCUGGGAGUGCAGGAAACUGCACAAGACCAGGCCAGGGAGGGCCUCCCCCAAAGGCCCACACAUAUGCUGGGGUUGGCCGGCGCUUUCACAGUGGCCACAAGGCAACACUCCAUUUGCAUAAAUGCAGUCACAGCCUGGUGCGUCACCUUCUGGCUAUGUGGUCCUGGGAAAAGCCCACGGCAGUCUCAGAAGAUGCUUCCACAGCCAGUGUCUGCUCUGCACUUCUUCCUGGUCACGGCCUGGCCCAGCACGGGCGGCUGAAGCAUGGACCAGCACCGCCACGGCACACGGGCUGGUCACCGCUGGGGCUGGGGAAGGCCCAGGGCCAGCAUCUCCAGCUGUGUCUCCACCAGACCCCUCGCACACCGGCCUCCCCUCACCAUCCCCCGUCCGCCUCUGUGGACAGCUUCAUUCGGAGGUCCUGGGAGCUCAGCGUGUGGCAUUGGAGCCCAGGGGAUGGAGCCCAGGCUCCCAGGGCCACUUCUAGGGCUAAUCUCACCAUUGUCCUGAAAGUUUCUAACUUGGGGAUCCUAAGCUGCCAGCAAGGCUACUCUGCAGUGAGGAAACUGAGGACCAGGGGCUGGGCAAAGGCAGGCAGGAUGCCAGUCCCCGCCCUGUGCCUCCCUCCUCCCCCCGGCUGGACCUUUAGGGGAAACCCAAAGGCAAGAGUAACCUGUGGAAGACGUGUCUGAAGACAACUGAACGUGCAGUGUUUCUUGACAAUUAGCUGAUCACAAACCACAGCCCUCGUGUUCCAGCGCUGGCGAGGUUUCCUUCCGUGGCCACAUUUCCCCCCAUGCCUGGCGGCACUGCCAUGGGGGCAUGCCGUGGGCUCCUGGUCAGGCUGCUUUUCUCCUGCCCCUGGGCAGCCCCGUUCCCCUCGUCACAGACACUGGAAUCGGCAGGGCCUCGGCCACAUGCACGCUGGCAAAGGCUGCCCACGCCACAGCCCACAGAGGCAGAUGUCACCUGGGCCUGCCAUGGGUGCAGGCCCUUCUCAGCCCUUCCUUGCCUGCUGGACCCGGGAGAGAGGUGCCAGCACCGGGACAGGUGUCCUGUCCCAGAGCGUUGUCUUCAGGCGAGAACAGCUCCACCCGAAGGUUCCAGCCUCGGACGAGGGCCAGCUGCCGGAGCACCCUGGGAAAUGGGGUCUGAGCAAAAGAAACAACGUGAGUCUGUCCUCCGACCCCGUGGCAGCCCGUGCUUUCUCCCACGGUGCCGCCUCAGAACUGGACCCCCCACGGCCCCCUGCGGCAGCCCUGGCCGAAGAGCACCAACCCCACACCCUCAGGCUGGUGCAGGUGAGCUACUCGACAGGAAACCCUUGGCCCACUUCUAAGGAAAAUGUCAGAAUGCUCUGCUCACCCUGAUAGCAGCAGGGUCUUUUUGGGUUUUCUGAAUGAAAUCAAGUGCACACAGCUGCUCCCCGUCGGUGGCCCUCCCCAUCCCCGCCCACCCAAGCUCAGGGGAGAGCCCCACACCCUGGGCCCGACUCCCCACACGCCAGGCCGGGAGUCUGUCCACAGCUCCGCAGUCCCGCUGGCCACACAGGCGCUGCGGUUGCCCUGUGUCCCCUGCCCGUCCCCAGGCUGCGUCAGGCUCACACACAAGCCAGGACACAUCGUUCUCCAGUCACAGUAGAGCUUUGAAAACCCACCCACCCCUCUCUGUCAGAGAAGGAGGAAGAAGGGCUAAGUCAUGCGGACUCAGUAUUCACCGUUCUGCCCCUUUAAUCGCCUGGUGAGUGCAUCAUUGCGUCUGUGUGUAGCUUCUCAACUCCAACUUCACUGCACAAAACUGACACACAUGCAUGUCCCUCCACCGGGUUCUGAGUAUUGUGAAUACGUAGGCAGUGUGUGUCUGUGCUGCACGUUCUUAUGCAAUGCCAGUCAGCUUCUAACCAUGGUCACUUAGGAAUUAAAUAUCUAUCUGUGAACAAAAGAAACUGCACAGCAGGCACCCAGGAGACAGGCCGCGUUCCAAGGGGAGGAUACCCCAGGAGACGGGAUGCGUUCCGAGGGGAGGACACCCCAGGAGACAGGAUGCGUUCCGAGGGGAGGAUACCCCAGGAGACGGGAUGCGUUCCGAGGGGAGGACACCCCAGGAGACGGGAUGUGUUCCGAGGGGAGGACACCGGGAGACAGGAUGCGUUCCAAGGGGAGGCCAGUGCGACGGUGUCUGAACAUCAGCAGAGAACAGGAAUGCAUUUGAGAACACUGAUUAUACCGGAAUACUUAUUUAUUUCUAUUUAACACAACUGGGCAGUAGUCAGGAAUAGAGUUAGCUUUACCAAAACUGAAGUUCAAAAUUACAUAAUUUUAAAAUAUUAUAGUAAGAUAUAUAUUUAUACUGGAGUAUUUUUACACCUUUAAUAUUCUCGGGCUUGAGUUUUGAGACAGAUGAAAAUUACAGCAGAUGCUGACCCGUCGGGGAAAGGUCCACGGAGGCCUUCCACUGGCAUGGCUUGCUGCCUGUCUGUGCUCCUCGCCGCUGUGUCCCAGUGGCCGAGAGCUCCGGGCAGGCCAGUGGCCGUCUGACCGUCUGAGUGGACAGACUAUGGCAGCAGGCAGAGGCUCACCAACCCCCUGGGCCAGUACAAUCACCUAUUUCUGUGAAUAGUUUUAAUGGGACAGGCCACACCCGUGUGCUUAUAUACUGUCUGUGGCUGCUUUUGCAGCGACAUUGGCACUUGGGGAGUUGACACAGAUGCCAUGACCCAUGAAACCUAAAAUAUUCACCAUCUGGCCCUUGACAGGUGAGCCCUUGAGGACCCACUUGUGUUCAUUCCCUCCUGGGUAUUUAUACACAAGCUGGCUACUCCCUGUCCUGCAGCACACACCGUAUGGGGGCACCCUGUUGUCACCUGUUCAAUACAGUACAGGUUGACAAUUUAGCUGUACUGUGAAAUGAUUACCCUGAGUAGUUUCCUUCCACUGAUUUACCACUGAACACUCUAUGAAAUCUGGUGGUCCAGGGGCCUGGCCUUUGUCUGUGGGCACGUGGAGAGCGUGGCCGGGUGGUGGCGUGGCAGGCAGUGGUCACUGUGUUUGGAGAUGCUUUAGUUAACGCUCUCUCUUCCUUUAGACUUUUGAAAAACCAAACCAAGCCAAACAAAGGAAACCUGCACAACUUAAAAUAAACUUGAAAGUGAUCAUAUACUACUAGUUUGUACUAAGUUUUUUCAGGAAAGGGAAAUAAAAUUUAUAUAUACAUGCAAUAUAUUUUUACACCAUCUUAUUGUUAGGGAGUACUGAGUGUAUCACUUUAUCAGAGUGAUGGGUACAGUCACGUCAAUGUCAUGGGUGUUCUGCCUCAGAAAGUCUCAAUGGCAUUCAGCAGGAACAUCGUGGGGUUGGGAGGGCCCUGCUCCCCCGCCCUUGGAGUGCGAGGCUCGGGGUCACCUCUGGGGGUGCUGUCAAGGCCUGGCCUGCAAACCUUUAGUGAAACAGCUAAUGUCUGUCUGCACAAUGCUCCUCAUGUGUUCGCUGUUGUUAACAUUGUUGUCAAAAGUGAUAAAUAAAGUGUUAAAUGGUGGAUCUCUUA